AUGGUGAGACCAAAGGAAGAUCGCAAAAUUCAUUUACAUCGAGUGGCAUCUUCAAAUUUACCCCUCAUCCCCCGCAAAUCUUGGGAAUACUAUGUAGCGAUACUGCAGCCGGGAAUUCCACUAGAGAAAUGUGACCAUGGGGACUUUUUAUGGAUGAAGGUUAUGGGAACCACCACAAUCGAGAGGAUCCUUACAAUGCACCUCAGGAGAACCGGUCGGAACUCAGUACUUAUGGAUGGAGAUAUCGGGCUAACAAUUGAUACGAAAGUUGGGGAUAUGCAGUGCUUGGGGUUGGGCGUGUAUGCCUUCUGGGAGAUUGUGAAGGUGGAGAGGUGGUGGGAGUAUACGGUUCGAUCGGCGGAUGCUGAUCAGAGGUUGAGAGCAAUGAGAGAAGAACGACGCCGGAGUAUGUUGGCUUUGUCAACUAGGGUAGAUGAAGAAUUGGGAGUGAUGGAAGAAGGAAUACCUAGGAGAAGGCCAAGGAACGACGAAAUUUUGAAGAGGGAGGCGGUUGAAGAGGUCAGAGGCGAGAACCUCAAGCGAACGAGGUGGGAGUUGGAGGGUGAGACGGAAGAAAUGGCCGAACGAAGGAAGAAGGGAUUGUACGAGAAGCUGGAAGUUAUGAGGUUGAAAACCGAGAAUGCCCCACCAAUCGACACCCUGAACAAAGUUGCCGAAAGUACGAAUGUGCAGUUACGAGUUCACGAUUACUCCGUUGUUAAACAGCGACAAGAAAUAUUGAAGAAUGCCAAAAAAAUUGGCCCAAAAUUUGAAGGGAUGCUUCAGAGAUUUGAGAUCUCGUGGGAGCGGCAACGACAAGACAUCAUCAAUAGAGACCCACAGUUUAGGCGCAGCAGACAGGCUAUCCAGGCGGUUGCGAAUGUCGUGCAAAAUCAUCAGAAAUCUAUAGAGCAUAUAGAAAGGUUCAUCAAAGCCAAGGAAGAUGAAAGGGCUAAACAAUUGAAGAGUAAGAAUCGAAGAACCGAAUCUUCCGGCGACAUUGUACGCCGUGUUUUAUUUAUUUGUAAUGUUAUGAGUGAAGCUGACCCAUACCUAAAUCAAAUACGAUGA